AUGAAACUCCUACGUGUUCAAAAACUUACAUAUCUGUGCAACUUCUCCUCUUCCACUCAGGCAAAUUGCUUGAAUAUAACUCAAAUGGGCAAUGUUAAAUUUCAGCUUUUCAAAAAACCGUCGAGACUUUUCAAAAAGAAACCCCAAAGCAAAAUCUCAUUAGCGCCGAAAUUUUUAGAAAAUGCUCAGUUGUGGCCGAAAUCAUUGGAAGCGGAGAGAAAAGCUCAAUAUGAGAAGGUAUUUCGGACAAAAGUGACGUAAUAUCUGGAAAUUAAGCUGGACGAGCUGAUAGCAGAAAAGAAGAGUUGGCGGUUAAUUGAAAGUCGAGGUCUUUGUGUUGGAAACCUUUUGAUGGUGGCCAUGCACAAUGAAGUGGCGAAUGGAACCGUUGCGAUUCUAUCCGGAGACAGUGUGAAUGGGGUCAAAUGGCUCAAGGCGGGAACUCCGGUGACUUUGAACAAACUCAACGAAGAGGAGCAUCUGAAGACGUUGAGUGAGGGACAUGUGGUCGAGAGCUCGAAUGGAACGGUGAAAGUUUGCAUUUACGAAGAUAACAACACCGACUUUUCGACUUCCAAUUACAUUUUGAUGCCUUCUUCGAAUGGAGGAGCUAUUAAGUACCUCCAAACCAUUCUCAAGUAAAGAAUACUCUUCAAAUCAUUCACUUCUUGAUAUUUUUUCAGAAAUCCGGCUUCCCUAUCGAGUGAUAGUGUGCAUCUGGUCAACCUCGCCUACAGAUCAAUUCCGAUGCCGUCAAUUCAUGGUUCAUUCAAUUCUGACCACUAUUUUCGGUGAAACCAUGCUAUUUUUCAGAUAAAAAAGUGUCCAAUCUCCCGAAAACUCUAAACGAAAGCCAGAUCGCAGCCGUUUCAGCUGCUCUCAACCCUCAAAGAAAUCUUCUGUGCAUUCAAGGACCGCCCGGAACCGGAAAGACCCGUGUCAUCGCGGAAAUUGUGCAUCAUCUGACUUCACGAAAAAAAAAAGUUCUAGUCUGUGCUCCGACCCACGUGGCAGUCAGAAAUGCGCUUGAAGCAACGGCCAGGCGGAUGAAAGAGGAGGAUUCUGAUGCGAACAAAGUGGCAGCAAGUAUAUGAGAAAGUCCAGGAAAGCAAAAAGAAAUUGUAUAAUUUCAGAAUUGGCUGUUCUGAACAACCAUAAGGAAGAGUUCCAGAACCAUCCUAUGGCUCAGAAAUUGUUCCAAAUGUAUAAAGAACUGGGGAAGACGAGCAAGUCCGAUGCGAGCUAUAACAGUCGGAGUUACCAGUGUUAUAUAAAAAGAAUUGAGAUUCUAAAAGAUAUUUAUCGCUCUACGCGUGCCAUUUUCACCACUCUUGGAACGUCCUCCAUUCAAAAACUACCGGAAUACGACUGGAACGCCGAUGUGAUGCUUGUGGACGAAGCAGCACAAUGCACAGAACCUGCCACGUGGGUUCCAGUGCUCACGACUCCUCAGUGCAAGAAACUGGUGCUCGUCGGAGAUCAGAAGCAACUGCCUGCUGUAGUCCUCUCGACAAAGUAAGUUUUCCUCGAUUUUCACGCAAAAAUAAACAACUUCUAGAGCCCAGAAAGACGAGCUCAACGUGUCGUUGAUGGAGAAGUUGACUGACGAAUUCUCGGGAAGUAACAUAAAUAUUCUGCUCAAAGAGCAAUACCGAAUGAACGAAAAGAUAAUGAGAUGGUCGAAUGAAGUGUUCUAUGAGAACCAGUUGACCGCCCAUCCAAGUGUUGCCAGCAUCACUCUUAACGACGUUUGCCCUAAUGUGCCGAAAGAUCAUGUUCUAAACAAUCCGAUCUUCAUGAUUGACAUGGACAGAAACCGGGAGAGAACUCACGAAUCAUUCGAAGGACAUUCGUUCACCAAUUUGGAUGAAACGGCAGUUGUGAGAGAUUACGUGGAAAGACUCGUCGUAGACGUGGGUCUCGAUGCGAAGGAAAUCGCCGUCAUUGCUCCUUAUUAUGCUCAGGUGAAUCUGCUAUUUUAAAUGUUCAAACAUUCAGUCAAAAGUUCAGAUUGAAAAAAUUCGCGAAGCGAUUCGUUUUCCGAUCGGCGUGAACACAGUGGACGCUUUCCAAGGUCACGAACGACAAGUCGUCAUCUUUUGCCUCGUCAGGGACAACAAAGAAGGUGAGCGAGAAGUAAUAUAUGUUUACAAUGGUAUCUUCCAAAGGUUUUAUUGGUUUUCUGAAUGAGACUCGUCGACUGAACGUUGCAAUUACGCGCGCGAAACGUCAGUUCGUGCUCAUCGGAAGCGGGCGGAUGAUGCAGAAGAACAGGCAUUUGAAGAGACUUUAUAAGUGAGCAGUUCUUGCUGAAAACUGAGAGCGAUUACUCGUUUUCAGGCAUUUGCACGACGAGAAAAUGAUCUUCGGAGCGAGUGUUCUGAAUGACUGCGAUGAGAUCGAACUUCCGCAAAAGAGCCCAUUCUGA